AUGUCCUAUCAAUGGAACCCUGAAGUCUUUGCAGAGAUAUAUAAUGCAUUAAAAUUUCAACCAGAUGUGGAUAUAGCAACAAUAAAUUUUGAACCAAUACAAAAUGAUCUUUUACAAGUUUUAAAAACUCCACAACCAAAUCAAGAAUCAAGAACUAAAUUAAAUUCAGUUGUGAAAUUCCAAAAUGGAGAUGAAGUUCAAUUAAAUGAAUCAUUUAUUGAAUUAAGUGGGAUUUUGGCAAUAGAGUUGGAUUUAGAUGAAAUAAAUACUGCCGAAUUAUUAUUUUAUAGUGAAGAUGUAAGUUAUAAAAAGGGAACUUCAUUACAAGAUAGUGCUAAAUUAUCAUACUUUACAAGAUUCGAAUAUAUUUUAAAUAUAUUGGGGUAUUUGAUAUCUAAUAAACUACUCACGCAAGAUCCAAUUACAAUAUUUAAUAACUCAAUAGAAAGUUUUGGAAAAAUUUAUAAAUUAAUUAGCGUUCUAAAUGAUCUAAUUGAUAAACAAAAAGUCACUGGGGAUAUAGACAAUUUAGUUUUCAUAAAUGGAAUCAAUUAUGCAAGAAUACAAUUAUUUAAAUGUCAUGAUCUAUUAGGUUUAGUAUUAUACGGAUUAAGUGAUCAAUAUUUUAAAAAAAUUGGUGCUGUUCAAAAUUAUGAGAAAAUUAUGAAUUUAGCCAAAUCAUUAUCAAAUGAUGAUAUAUUAGUAGUUCAUUUCUUGCCAUUCGUAUUAAAUUUUUAUGAGAAAGCUAAAACCACGAAAGUUAUUGAUGAAUUAUAUACAACUAUAACAAAACCUAUACCCAUAGAAGCAAAACUGGAAACUUUUGACUUAUCUAAAUCUCAACUACAUGGGUUUGAAAUUUUGUCCAAUUUCAUCUUUUUAACUGAAUUUAUACCGUGGUGUAAAGAACAAAAUUCAUCAAAAUAUGAUUUUCAAGAAAAUAUAAUAAAAUAUAUGGAACAAUUUAUUAGUAUAGGAGUAAUGGAAAUAUUAUUGAAUUAUUGUGCUGAAACAGCCACCCUCAAAACUCAACAAAUUUUUGAAUUAUCAGAAACUUAUGAUUUUAGAUCAUUAUUACAAAAGACAAUACCAAGGCUAAUCCCAUCAAAAUUUAUAUAUCCUGGUAAUGAAGAAUUAAAAAAUUUAGAAAGAACAAGAUUCGGAAUGUCAAAUAUUUCAAAAUUAACUGAUGUCUCAUUUUUAACUUUAAAUCCAGAACUAAAUAAUUCAUUAAUUUCACCUUAUUUACAAAAAUUUUUCAGUACUUUUAUAUCAAAUGCAGCAUUAAUAUUAACAUCACUUCGAGAUAGUGAAGAAGAUUUUGCAUUAUCGUUUAACGACAAAAAUGAAGAAGUUUCAGAAGAAAGCGAAAGUGAUGAUCAUAAAAUAAAUGAACCAAUACUGGAAUUUGAUGAAAUUGCUCAAAGAGCUGACUUGGAAAGAUUUUAUUUAGCAUUUGCAUAUACUUAUAAUGAUAGAUCUGAUUUAUGUUCUGCUUUUUGGUCAAAUGAAUCUAUAAGUAAUGAAGUUAUUGGAUUUUUAUCUUGGGGUUUAAGUAAUAACACAUCACCUUUAAUUGCUGCUAGUUUCAGUGUGUUACUUGCAUCGUUGACAUCUGGUGGAUCAAACAUAUCAACCAAGAUUUGGGAUAUCUUGAUAAGUAAUAGUAAUAACAUUAAAAAGAAUGAUUUUUCCAAAAUAUCAAUUGACUCAAUUUUUGAUUCAUUAAAUUAUUAUAUUGAUUCAUUAAUCUCAAAUUUUGAAUACGAUUUAAAUGAUCAAUUGUCAGUAUAUCAAAAGAAACAUGAGUUAGUUUUUGCAAAUAAAUCAUUAGAUAUAGAAGAUAAUGGACAAGAUAAAAUAAUAAUUGAAUUAGCUGAAGAUUCAAUAGUAUCAAUAUCUGGAUUUAUACAUUUAAUUUCAUCAAUAAUGCAAAAUUUAUCAAAUUCAGAAAGAGCAAAAGAAAUUAAAAAUAUAGCUUAUCAAAGAUUUAUACCAAUAAUUAGAAAUUUCUUUGAAUUUGAUAAUUUAAUUAAUGGUGGUAAUAUUUUACAAGUUGAUUUAAAUUCAAAUAAUUCAUCAACUUCAACAAAUUACGUAAAUUUACCAGAAAUUCACGUAAGUGAUGAUUCAAGAUGUAUAUUAUUAAACCUAAUGUUUAGAUUAUUAGGAAAUUUUGUUGAUGAUGAUACUUUUAUUAGAUAUGAAAUCUGGAGAUUAAUUGAUCGUUGGAUGUAUCAUGGAUUACAUAUAAAUACAACACAAUCAAAAGAUUUAUUUGGUAGACAAAUGGAUAGAAGGAAAUAUAUUAGAAAAAAACCAUUGGGUACAAUUGAAGUUUUUUCGAAUAAUUUAACUCAUUAUAGUGAAGUUUUUAAUUUCAUUGAUGUUGUUAAAAAACUAUUGAGACCUAUGGGUGAUGGAAAUGCAUUUGAUAAAUAUACUUUAUCAUAUCCAUGUGAUUUAGGAUUUGGAUAUAGACCAAAUAAUCAAUUGGGAAUUGGACCGUAUAUUGAAUUCAUUUUGGUGGACGUAUUUAGUAAAUCUCAAUACUUAACAAGUGAAGAUAAUAGAAUAUCAUUACAAGAUUUAAUUUUGGAAUUUUGUGUUGAUUCUUUAACAGAAAUAAAUUGGAAAUUUUUAAGUGACACAAGUUUAAAAGUUAUUAGGAAUUUUAAUGGGUUUGAAAAUUUAUUUGAUUCUUUAAUACCUGGUUGUCCAAUAAAUUAUGAAGUUUUCGUUCAAUUGCAUCAUUCAUUAGCUGUUGUUACUUACUUUUUUGAUAAUAAUGCUAACAAGGCAUUAUUUGAAAUCGUUAAGUAUGGAGUUGAUACUAUAAAUUCAUCGCAAAAAAAGGCAGACUUAGUUAAGAAAGCAUUAGUUACUUUUGAUUUGUUACUUGAUAUACAAAGCACAUACAAAACAUCAUUAUUGCCAAUAUUGAAAAACAAGAACAUUGUACAACAACCAAUUCACAGAAAUUCAAUACCUGGAGUAAAUACUUCAAUGAAUUUAGUAUUAAGUCAACCGACAACCAUUUUUGACAACAUUUAUCAUUCCAAAAUACUUGGAUCUCAAAGGGUUAGUACCUUUUUUGACGUAUUCUUAUUUCAGUUAUCAUCAAUAGUUCAUAUUGCAUUAUUUGUAAGCUGUGAUAAUGAAAUAUCCACCACAUCAUUAAAGAUAUUAUCAAAACUAUGUAAUUCAAGUCAUUUCAAGUCAACUAAAACAGAAGCAGAUCCAUUAUUAAAUAAUGAUAGAUUAUUAACAACUUUCCAAAAUAUAGAUGAAAGUGAAAAAAUUAAAUUUGCGUUUAUUGAUAAAUUUGAAGAAGUUGAAGAUAAUUUAGAUGUUAAAUUUCAAAUACUAAAAUUUAUUUCAAGUUUAUUGGAUAAAAAGAUAAGUGUUGGACACUUUUUAUUAGGUUAUGAAAUUAAAGCAAAUACUUUAUAUUUAAAUGAUGAAGAACAUAAUACCUUGUUGGAAGUUUUGUUGAAUACAUUGAAUAUUAGUUUAAAUUUGAUUUCAGAAUUGGAUUAUAGUAAUGGUAAUCGUCAUAUCAUUGAUGUUGGACCUGCAAAAUUAUCAUCAUUAAUUCUAGAAAUAAUCAUUAAAUUAUGUACGAAUCCAAUAUCUUCAUAUAUCACAAUGGUAAAAAUACGUAAUCAUAAUGAUUCAAUAGAGAACUUGAUAAAUUUCCAACCAAAAUUAGAUUUAUUAACUAUUUGGUGUGGUCAAGAAUUUAAUGGUGAUUUAAGUAUAAAUGCAGAAAAUAAUUUCAUAAAUUCCAUACCUAGUAUUGAAGCAUUUUUAUCAUUCAUCAAUCAAAGAGAAUUAGCAUUAAGAUUAAUAGCAUUAGAAUUUUAUAAUACCCAGUCAAUCGUUCAAAAAGAAUAUUACACUAAAUUAUUAAUAGACAACAAGAAUCAAUUACCCAAUCAAUCAACCAAAAUAUUAGAUUUUCUAGAUGUUUUAAAUUUUAAUUUUAAAAAUUUUGAAAUUGAGAAAUAUGAUUAUUUAAAUCAAUCAUUUAAUAUAAAUUUAAUCUUGGACAAUGUAUCUGGUGAUCCAAUAAAUUUUACAAUUUUACAAAACAUAUUCAAAAUAUUAUGUCAAAGUUCAAAUUUAAUUACAAUUGAAUCCAAGCAACAAUUUACUGAAGAAAUGAUGAUUGAAGGUAAUAAGAUUCAUGAAUUUGUACAAAAAUAUUUAGUCCUUAAUAAAUCUCGAAAGAUUCAAUUAAAUUUUUUGAUCUCAUGGUGUCAACUCAUCAAAAUACUAGUUUUUGAAAAUCAAAUAAAUUCAAAUGAUUUAAUUGUUGAAAUUUUUAAUUCAAUUUUACCUAAAAUUUCAUCAUAUCUCGAUACAGAUAUAUUGUUUUCAGAAGAAUUAAUAUCAUUAUGCGGUACAUUAUUUGAAUUAUAUAAUGAAAAUGUGACAAAAGAAGAAGAUGUUGAAUUAAUAUUUAAUCAAUUAUUACCAUUAUUUCAAACUUGUAUAUCAGCAGUCAUAAAUUCAAAUGCAACACCUACGUUAAGAUCAGAAUUAUAUUCUAUUUUAAAUAAAUUCAUAUUAAAAAAUGAAUCAUUAUCGAUUAAAAUAUUGAAACUUAUAAAAUCAAUCAACAAGAAAUUCUUCCCAGUAUUAGCUAAUGAUGCAUUAUAUUCAGAAGAUUUAUCAAGAAUAAAUUCCAUAUUUUUAUUGGACUCAUUAAUUAAAAUUGGAAAUAAAUUAAAAACAGAUUAUAUAUUAGAUAAUAUGAUUAAAACAAAUUUAAUAUCACAAUUAAUAAGAUCAAUAAAAAGAACAGAUGAAAUUUUAAAAAUAUCAUCAAUUAACACUAUUAAUCCAGAUUUUUCAUUUAAUGAAAUUUUCAUAGAAUUAACAUCUUUAAAAGCUAAUUUAUAUUUAUUAAAUAAAAUAGCACAAUCUUCAAUAGGUUCAUUACAAUUGAUUCAAAAUGAAAUAUUUCAAGUUUUUAAAAAUUUAUCUUUACUAAAGAUUGAUCCAGAUUUAGGUUUAACAUUAUAUUUAAAUGAAAUUGAAAAUUUUAAAAAAUUUAAUAUAACAUUAAAUUUAAAUACUCCAUUAUCAUUAACUGAUUUAAUUAAUCAAAAAAAUAUCACAAAACAAAAUUCAAUAUCUUUUAAUGACUUGAUCAUUCCUAUUUUUGAAUUAAUUAUUACAAUUUUAUUAUCAAUGGGUCCGAAUUAUAAACCAGCAAUUAAUCAAUCAAAAGAAUUUAUGAUAAAGAUAGAUAAUUUAGUAAAGAGUAUUUUGAAAAGAGAAUAUUUAAUUAGUUCAAAUGAUGAAUAUAAAGCUGAAAUUUUAAAAAAUGAACCUUCUAAUGAUAAUGAAAUUUAUUUAUUAGGUAAAUUGGUUGAUUUAUUUACUAUUAUUAGCACAUUGACUGAGUAA